GCACUGCUGUUGUUUCGUGAGGCUGGAGAGCCGGUGGGAAGCCUGUGAUUGGGGAAAUAAGCACUUGUGUCUACGCCAGCUGCCUCCGAGACAAACUAGAUACCGAGAAGGGACGCUGGUGCUGCGGAUUUUAAGCCGCUCAUAUCAAGAAGAAAUGGAUUUGUGGCACGUGUGAACUUUGGAGAGGCAUGUGUAAACGACAUGAACUGCUCCCAUUUGGCAUCAGCGUCUGCUGGAAGAAGAGAUGUCUUUGAAAUCUGCUGCUUACCUUAACUGUCUCAUGUCGAUCUGCGCCCGAGAGGUCGAAAACUCUGGCGGUACGUUACUAAUCAUUGAGAUGUAAGGUGGUGACACAUGGUUUAUCGCAUGAUUUAACAGGAUACAACUCAGAAAGGUUAACCUCACAGACAUCUGUUAUACCUGAUUACACCUGAGACGAGAGGGAAAAUGACUGGCUAGAGGCAGGAUUAAAGGAGUAACCUGUGAUGUCAGACUCCACCUGGGGCAGUCGUUGUACAUUCUGCUGAGUAGUUACAGCUUUGUCAAGGGAGGUUGGGGGCAGCAGGCGCAGACUUCAUUUCCAGGUGUGUAAACCACACAGACCUGACUCACCUGACAUCAUCACAUCCCUGUCUGGGGUCCCUUCUUUUACUGAUUUUCUUCACCUCAUCUUCUCAGUAUUCUCAGCUAUCAGACCUGCCAGCACCUCUCCUUCUCUCCGCAUGGAGCCACUAAAAUGACAAGAGAACUGACACUAAUUAAUGUGACUCCCAGCAGCCUAAGUCUGAUUCCACAGCACUAAAGUAGAAGGGGGAAAGAAAAAGCUUUGUGAACACUUGUGAACUGUCAUCACGUGGAACAAGAGAAGCACCAUGUGGAAUCAGUCGGGAUACUGCAAUCACAUACCUCAUCCUGGAUAUCCUUUUUACCAUGCACCAUGCAGUCACAACCAGAGGACCACCACAUUUCGACAUCCUGUGACUGGACAGAUUUCCCCAGAGAACAUGGAUUUUAUCCUGCAGCCGCAGGGUACUCGAAUGAUGUCAAAACCUGCGGGUGAGCAGCUCUCCAGUACCACCGUCAGCGAAGCCUCUACUGCCAUCACCUCUUCCACUGUGGACACGUCAGCCUCCAAGGGCUCCCGGUCCAGUGGCAAGGUGCACAGCUUUGGGAAGAGAGAGCAGUCCAUCAAGAGGAAUCCCAACGUCCCUGUGGUGGUCCGCGGAUGGCUGUACAAACAGGACAGCUCUGGGAUGCGUCUUUGGAAGAGGAAAUGGUUUGUCUUGGCUGAUUUCUGUCUGUUUUACUACAAAGACAGCAGAGAGGAGUCAGUCCUGGGCAGUAUUCCUCUGCCCAGCUAUGUCAUUUCACCAGUGGGACUUGAGGAUCACAUCAACCGCAAGUAUGCCUUUAAGGCUAGCCACACUGGUAUGCGCUCGUACAUUUACAAGCAGACCUCUGUGAUUGGCUCGCAGGCGGAGCACACUGGGAUGCGAACCUAUUACUUCAGUGCCGACACCCAAGAAGACAUGAACACCUGGCUUAGGGCCAUGAACCAGGCCACGCUGAUGCAGAACCACAGCGAUGCAAUGAUCAGACCAGCUGAUAAGUUGUCGCAGCAGGCUGUCCCACAGACAAACCAUGUAAGCCACCACAAGACCAAGACUUUCGAUUCUGAGACAACAAGACAGAUGAUUCAUGAGGUUCUCCUGGAGCCCAUACACCGUGACGCAGAGGAGCGUUGCAGCUUUCACAAAGACUCUCCUGCCACCAUCAUGUUGGAUCCCCCCAUAGGAAGCACUGGCCUAGAAAUGGACACGCACACUUCCCUCCCAUCUAAUCCCGCACCCUCUGCCGUACCACAGCCAGAUCACAUUUCGGCUUCAGCGCCUGUGUCCAGGGUGCCGUCCCGUGCUCCGUCACGAGCCGCUUCGACUUUGCCCUCCAGCAUUUGCACAAGAAAUGGCCUGGUCUCCACACCCAGCCCCAUACUGGAACCCAACGGCAUCGCAGCAGGGACGUAUCAAAGGGCCCCAGAGCCACCUGCUAAUAACACACAAAAGCACGCUCAGAGGAGAAGUACCCUUGAGCAGGUGGAGCAGUGGGUCAAAGUACAGAAGGCUGAGUACAAAGGUGCCCCAUCCAGAGAGAACACCCUCCCUCGUCGCACACCACCAACGCAACACAAGUACACCUCCAUCGACGCCUACCAAACCCUGCCAAAAACUCCUCGCCAAAGUCCCCCACCUGGCCGACUCGGCGAGUACAAGUAUGCCCAGGACCGCCUGAGUCACUUUCGCCUGACCCCAGAUCAGGGGGGCCCGGCGUCCAACACUGUCUGGCAACUGUAUGAGUGGCAGCAGCGCCACCAGUACCGUCACGGCAGCCCUACCGCACCGCUUUACACCCCGGCCCCAGAGUAUCCAUUUGGCCCCCGCCCACCAUCUACUGUGCCUCCCUCCUCUUCAGCACCUAGGUCAGAGGGCUCUCCUCGCUGUGUCUCAGUACCACCAUCAUCAGCAGACAUACCUCCACCAGGCCCUCCUCCUGGUAUCAGCCGAACCCUGUCCCCCGCACGGAGGCCACACACGCCGGCUGAGCGGGUGACAGUCAAGCCUGUGAGUGAUAUAUCCGUGUUGAACAUCCCCUUCACUGUUUCCCCUCGCAGGACCAAAUCUCAGCUGUUUAAGGCUGCUACUGUUGAGAGACGAUCAAUGCCUCCGUCCGGCUACAUCACUCACACAGUCAGUGCACCCAGCCUUCAUGGCAAAACGGCUGAUGACACCUAUAUGCAGCUGAAGAAGGACUUGGAGUAUCUGGACCUAAAGGUACUGAAGGAGUCAGGAAAACCUGUCAAGGUUGCAGAAAGUGAUGUGGAUGUGAAGUUGAGUCGGUUAUGUGAACAGGACAACAUACUAAAGGAUCUGGAGGCGAGGAUCAGCUCCCUGAAGGACGACAAGGACAAGCUGGAGAGUGUAUUAGAUUUGUCCCAUCAGCAGAUGGAGCAGUACCAGGAACAACCAGCUCAUGCCCACAAAAUCGCCUACCAGCAGAGGCUGCUGCAGGAAGAUCUGGUGACGAUCAGGGCGCAAAUAUCCCGCGUUUCCACGGAGAUGGCACAUGCCUGGGAGGAGUACAGCAGGCUUGAGAAUUCAGUAGAUCAGUUGAGGCUAGCACUGCAGGCACAAAUGAACCACAGCUCCACCUCUCAGCAAGAGAAAGCUGAGAUGAAGCGCGAGCUGUGGAGGAUUGAAGAUGUGAUGGCCGGACUGAGUGCCAGCAAAGCCAACUACAAGAUUACCAUCGACUCUGUCCAGAACCCAGAGAGGAAAUUAGUGCCUUCAGUGUCAGAACCAGCAGUGCCUUCUCCCAGUGCAGAGAUUCAGCCUCCUCCUCGCAGCUCCAUCCCAAACAUCCACUCUUAUACUUUGCCUCACAGCACUGUGCCAAAGUGGGCAGAGGACAGUGCCCCACCCAGGCCACCACUGCCUCGCCAGUACGACUAUGAGGAUAUACCUCCUGUGGUUCCGCCCCUCCCCAAAGAGGCCUCAGUUAUCCGCCACACAUCGGUGCGUGGGCUGAAGCGCCAGUCAGAUGAGAGGAAGAGGGACAGAGAAAGUGGGCAAUAUGUUGUCAAUGGAGACUAUAAGGCUGACUUGCGUUCAUACCUGAGUGAACCAGAGCUGCCAGGAGUAAACCACCACAACAUUGGGUCUGACACUGACUAUCAGUAUUUCUCAAGUAAAGGCUCCUCCUCUCGACAGAACCAGUCCAACUCAUCUCAUCUCAUCUCAUCCUACGUCACCCUAAGGAGAGGACUUGGGAGCUCUGCAGCAAAGGAAAGACCUAAGAGUGCCUUGGAGUGUCUGUCAUCAACUUCCGAAGUCCUGCAGCCCUCGAGCAGCCAGGCCAGAGGCCGAAUGACUGCGGAGGAGCAGCUGGAACGAAUGAAGCGCCACCAGAAAGCGUUAAUUCGGGAGCGCAAGAGGAACCUCAGCCAGGGCGAGCGUUCCAGCACGGGCCUGUCUGCCUCCAGCGUCACCGCCCAACGCUCGUCGUCCUCCUCAAGGCUGCCCUCGAGCACGUCCGACCCUCCAGCCUCCGUGUUUGACUGGCAGGAGGAGCGACCUGUGGCAGAAGGUCAAAGCGAUGAAGGGUGGAAUCCAGUCAAAGAGAGGGGCAGGAUCCAGUCAGAUGAGUGGGUGACAGUAACAGCUACACGCAUAAGAGAGGUGGAUGUGGAACCUCUCGACUAUGACCUGGAUAUCAGCCGAGAGCUGUCCAAACCAGAAAAAGUUCUCAUCCCUGAGCGCUACAUUGAGUCUGACACCGAUGAGCCUCUUAGUCCAGAGGAGCUGGAGGAACGUGCCCGUCGGGCUGAGCGAAUCAAGACCCUGCUGGCCAAAUCCAGUGUCCAGAACAUACAGCCAUCUGCACCGCUGGACUUCACUGAGCUGGAUUCAGCUCUGCAGCAGCAGGAAAGGAUCAUGAAUGUGUCCCAGAUGCUGGCUUCAGAGGCCUCGCGCAAGAGCAAGCUUGUUGCAGGGACUGAAAGACUGGAGAGCUGGUGAGCAUAUCUGGUCCAGGUACACCUGCCCUGACCUCCAGUUCAUGUUGUGUGAAUUUAUUGUGUCUGUUGUGUGUAUGUCUAAGUAUAUGUUGUUUUGUCAGGG